UCUCGCGAGAAAAUACUUCUUUGGACAACAUGUACGUGGCUUCACCUCACAGCUGAGCUGAGGACUGGGAGUGUUGUUGAAGACAAAAACAUUAUAUGCAUAUUGACAGUUUUAGUUGACGCUCCGUGGUCCUCCAGCAGCAGCAGCAGCAGCAGCAGCAGCAGCCGGACUGAGAGCAGCAGCCGCCCGCUGCAGCUGCACCAGGCUUGCCCCCCUGCGGAUCAUCCAGCCUGUCGGUGGGAGAUGGCGGAGAGCGGGUCGUCGGUUGAAUUCUCCGGCUCUCUGGCGAGCUCGUCUCUUCCGCCGCCGAGGACACGCAUCUUUAAAAUCAUCGUGAUCGGGGACUCGGGCGUGGGGAAGACCUGCCUCACGUACCGCUUCUGUGCCGGGAAGUUCCCCGAGAAGACCGAGGCCACGAUCGGGGUGGACUUCAGGGAGAGGCUGGUCGAGAUCGACGGCGAGAAAAUCAAGAUCCAGCUGUGGGACACUGCAGGUCAGGAGCGCUUCAGGAAGUCCAUGGUGCAGCAUUACUACCGCAACGUGCACGCUGUCGUUUUCGUCUAUGAUGUCACCAACGCCGCCAGCUUCCGCAGCCUGCCAGCCUGGAUCGAGGAGUGCAAGCAGCACGCGCUGGGCACCGAGGUCCCCAGGAUCCUAGUGGGAAACAAGUGCGACCUCCGAGACUCCGUCCAGGUGGGCACAGACGUGGCGCAACAGUUCGCCGACGCCCACUCCAUGCCUCUGUUCGAGACGUCUGCAAAGAACCCAAACAGCCAGCAGGGGGACGGGAGCUGCGGCGGAGGAAACAGUGACCACGUUGAGGCGAUUUUUAUGACGGUGGCCCACAAGCUGAAGUCUCAGAAGCCUCUGAUACUGAGCCAACCGCCCGGGGCGUCAGGGGGAACCAUCAACCUGAGCAGGGGGAGGGAUGACGGGGCCGACGGGGCCAGGAGCUGGGGCUGCAGCAGCUGCUGAGGGAGGAAAGUGGAGGGAAAGAGGGAGACAACUUGAGCCUGAGGCUUCACAACACUGAGGGAUGAUGAGUGGAGGAACCAAAAGGAAGAACGGAUCUAAGGAAACGGCUUCACAAUCAGCACAAACACAUCGAUGAAUAUCUCCAUUAGUAGAGGAUACUUUUUUCCAACGGCCGUGCUUAACUUUAUCAAUGACUUGAAAGGGGUUUGAGGUAGUAUUUACAGUUUGAUUGUUGUUUUUGGGAUGCCAAAAUCUAUCGUUGGUUCAUGGAAGUGAUCCUGAACAAAUGGCCAAAAUAUCCGAUUCUAGAUCAGUUUCUUCUCCUUCAAUAAUAAUUAAGAUCCGAAACCUGCAUCGUUCAACUCACUUAGCAACAGAAAACAUGGAGACACAGUGGCAUUAAUGGAUAAGGGAUUAUAGUAGGGCUGUACCCUAGACCUGGGGUGGACUUAAUCACAGAAGGCAUCAUUAGAAAAUACAAUCUGUUUGGUUUGUAUAGAGUCAGAGCUGCCCUGCUGUGUUCAUGGCGUUAUGUUUACAUUCAGUGUUUCUCAUUCAAACACAUUGUGUAUUUUUACAGCCUAACGAACACAUUGAAUGCAUUCAAGUCUUCAAAGAAUAUUUGCAUAGCCAAAAUUUUUAAUAUUUAAAAACUUUCUAGCUAAUAAAAUGCUAAAUGUAUCGCGUGUUAUCACCCCAAUGACUGUGGAUCAGUGGGAAAGCUGCAUCACCAGCCUCUAACACAGCGUCCCUUUAAAUCUCUUUGCUUUAAACCCAAAGAUUGAAAACAUUUUUUUUUUAAAUUUCAUGUUAUUGUUCUGUUUGCAGCACAUGCUUAUCAAGCUCCCUGGAAAAAGGGAUUAGUGGUAAAAAAAAUGUGUUUUUUUAUUAAACUAGAUAACUUAAUCACUGUCUUUUUGGUAUUUUCUCUAAUCUUAAGUGCAGUUGUAAGCUUCUCGCUGCUUGUCAGAAGGCCUUAGACUAGUUGAGGCUCGUCCACGUAACUUUGGGCUCGCUGUCAGCCGAGUGAAUUAUGGCUAGUCAAUGCAUGGUCUGAAAAACGAGCUGUGAAUUGUAGGAUUUUGCUGGUGUAUUACAGGACCCUAUUCCUCAAGGUUUAAAAACAAAAAGAACAGGCAAAAUAAUUGUGAACCAGUGGUGGUUGCCCGUUUUACCCUAUUGGUAAUCCACGUUCAAGUUGGACUGAUCAAACUUAAAAUUUGAUUAAAGAUCUUUCUGAAACCAUCCAAAUUGGUCCAGUCAGUAGUGAUGUGCCAUUGAAGCCUCAUGAACCAUUUGCUUUAUUUUCUGAGUCCACUAGAUGCCGCCCUUGGUUUAUUGAAAAAGGCUCUAGCAAUGGUACUCAAGUGUUUUCAGUAGUGAUGUGCCAAUGAAGCCUCAUGAACCAUUUUCUUUAUUUUUUGACCCCACUAGAUGGCCCUCUUGGUAUUUAAAAAAAGGCCCUAGCAAUGGUUUUAAGUGUUCUUUCAGCCCUUUGUUGAACAGAGAGCGCCAUCUAUUGGAGUCAGAAAAUAAAGAAAAUGGUUCAUGAGGCUUCAUUGGCACAUCACUACCAGUCAGGUCCAUGUUAUUAUUGUGAGAUUUGAGACUAGCUAGCAUAGCUAGCUCUAUUAGAGAUGUUCAAAUGAAGCUUCAUGAACCAUUAGCUGUAUUUGUUGACCCUACUGCAUGGUACUCUUGGUUUGAAGAAAAGGCCCAAGGAUGGGCAAUUCAUUGAGUGCCAUCUAAUGGGCUCAGAAAAUGGUUAAUGAAGCUUCAUUUGGACAUCACUUUUGAUUAGUUCUAACUCUGUUGGCUAGUGUAUGAGUGGUUAGCCCAGAUAGUCAUGGUUAUGUUCACAGCUUGUUUCCACUGCCCCAAAAUGGCAAAAAAAAAAAGAGUUCCCAGAGGUCUAAAUGAAGACACAUUUUUAAUGGAAUAAUGGAAACAGUAUAACAGUUAAAGCCACAAUGAGAUGGAGUAGCCCAUUGUUUUUAAACACAAUAUUCAAAGCCUAAAGUCAUCUAAUAAGCUUACUCCUUGAAGGUCAUUGAUGACUUUUAGCUAGCCUGAAGACUGAAGUUCACUAAACUUGGGAAGCUAAAUUAUCCUGUCCAGACACGAAUACUGACCCACUAGAUGGUGUUUAUGUUUAAAGAAAUGGGUACAAGAAAUGGCAAUUCAGUGUGCUUUCAAACCUUUUUUGAGCAGACGGUGCUAUCUAUAGUGGGCUAAUAAUAUAGAUAAUACAAUAAAAAUGGUUUGUGAAGCUUCAUUUGGCCAUCACUACUGAUGUCCCUGUAAGCCAGGCCACGCCCAGAAACUGGGAGUGUUAAUAAGAGAAAAUACAGGGUCUCUGCACCAUCACCCACUUCUAGUGAGUCAUAAGGAUGAUUGAGAGGGAUUCUUUUUUUAAGAGUAUUUUUCUGGAAAAUCCUACUCAUUGUGUCUUUACAUCCCACCCUCUAAACAGGCCUGCAGUAUGAAAACACUGUUUAUUCUUUCAUUCAGUGACGGGAGGAUUGGACCUGGACUUGUCUGUUAAUUUAAUAGGAAAGGAAUCAAAAGGGAACGUGUUGGGAAUUAAGAGAGAAUUGUCUUUAAUAUUUGCCUGUUCACUGUUUAUGAAACGCUGCCAAAUUAGUACUGUAGGCUAGCCAGUGACUCAAACAGGGAAACACAUACCUCUCAUAGUGUGCACCUCUACAUAUCAUGGAUGCCUAUAGCCACAACAUAUCCUGUAUGUAAGCCUGUAAUACAAUAUUCAGUAUGUCACAAACACAAUUGUAUGAUAAACGCUGACACUGUUUGACUCUUCCGAAGCCAUGAUGCACUAUAAGCUGGUGUCCAUGUCGUAGUUUGCAGCUUUGUGUGUGGAUGUGUGUUGUGGCCACAGCUGGUCCUGUGGCUCCUCUGCUGAUCACGCUGCACAUUAUUGUUCAUCAAUCAAACCAAAUGGCCUUCUCUCAGGACGUACUGUUCAGAGGCUAUGCACGCAGAUGGAAAAGAAAAAACGAGCAGAGACAGGCUGUGUUAGCUGCGUCUCUGCAGCACAUCAUGUGGGUGUUUGAUUGCUGCUUUCUUCUGUUCUUCAAGUGUCCUUUGUUUUGAUAAAUGCCUCCCAUCCACCUUCACACCAGCCCUUAUACUCUUUACUUUGCCUUUUUCCUUCACUACAGCCAUCGACAACUAAUAAUGCUACUGUAUCUCUCAUUGGCCAUAAAGAAAAAUAUCAACUACCGAAUGGGAUCAAUUCACAAAGUGACUAAUGAAUGAAACUACUGGGGACAAGUAGUUGCAAUGGUUUUGUCAUGUGUAACCUUGCAAUAAACGACCCUGAACAUUUCAA